CAUUAACUACCAACAAAUUCAAACUCCAAUUUAAUCUUCUCUCUCAUCUUAUCCCCAUAAAAACCCCACACACCACCAAUCCAUUCUCACUACACCACCAAAAAAAUGGCACUCAUACUCCUUUCUCUCACUACACUUCUUCUCUCACUCUUCCUCCUCCCCACCGCCCACGCCCAGUCGGCGCCGCCACCCACCCCCGCCGGCCCGAUCAACAUCACCGCGAUCCUCGAAAAGGCCAACCAAUACACCACCUUCAUCCGCCUCCUGAACGAAACUCAGGCAGCCAACCAGAUCAACAACCAGGUCAACAAUUCACACGACGGCAUGACGGUGUUCGCCCCGACCGACAACGCCUUCAACAACCUGCCACCUGGCACCCUCAACAAACUCACAAACCAGCAGCAAGUCCAGCUCGUGCUUUACCACAUUUGCCCAAAGUUCUACUCUCUUGAAAGUCUGUUGACGGUCAGCAACCCGGUCAGGACACAGGCCAGCGGGCAGGACAACCAAGUGUUCGGGCUCAACUUCACCGGUCAGGGGAAUCAGGUCAACGUGUCCACCGGAAUCGUCGAAGUGCCGAUCUACAAUGCAUUGAGGAAAGACCCACCGCUCGCGGUUUACCAGGUCGAUAAGGUACUUAUACCUAAAGAAUUUUCUGAGCCGAAACCCCCGGCGGCUUCUCCACCUCCGAAUGGUGAUGGUUCUGGAAGCGCCGCCAAGGAUGGCGGCGCUGCCAAAGCCCCAUCGACGAGCAGUCCCGGAAAUGGAUCCGGGAAGAUGAAUGUGGGGUUCGGAUUGGUGUCCGGGAUUCUUUUGUUGUGCAUGGGACUCUUGUCGUCCUGAUCACGGGAAUUACAAACUUUUCUUAAUAAUUGUUUUUUUUUUUUUUGAAUUCUUUUUUCUUUUCUUGUGUAUGUUGAAAAUAUUGUUUAAUUUGUUCUUCUUUAAUUAAACUGAGGUUUGUGGUUU